AGAACUGUCGGGGGCAUUCUCUCCGCACUCCAUAGGUAGGUUUCUCUAAAGGACGAGGAACAUUUGUAGGGCGCUGGUUUGAAGGCUCAGGGGACCUGCCGCGUCUUUUCUUCCCGCUCGCCCGGCUGGCCGCCCUCGCACUCGCUUUCCCACAAUCCCCGGCUCUGUCGCCGCCGCCACAGUUCCUGGACCCUGGCGAACCCGGCGGCUGAGCCCGAGGCCUCGGCGGCCCUUCGGGCGCUGCCCGGAAAGUCGCCCCCGCCCCUCGCCCCUCGGCUCGUGAGAGCCCGGGUUCGGCCAUUUCCGGCCCGGCGCACUUCGGCAAGUUCCGCAGACGCUUGUCGGAAAUGGCUGCCCACCGGCAGGGGGAGCGGAGGAUCCGGCGCGGCCUGGAAGGCGGGCGGGAGGCGGCGAGAGCGGCUCUUGGGCACCCGAGUUUCGCACAGGCGGCGGAGGCUCGUCCCUGAGCUGGAAGCCGGUCGGACUCCUGGCGACGGCGGCGGCUGGGGCCCCGAGCAGGGAAGCGGCGACCAGGAAGCGGCUCGUGGAGAGCAAGCCCUGGACCUGGAGCUCACUAUUUUAAGAAAUUAUAUACUGAAGUAAAAUGCUGCAUGAGUUAGAGAAAGGAAGGAUCCAGAAACAUAUGGCCUCAUUGUUGGCAAGGACAUCGAUAAGAGGGUGACAUUCAUUUCUGUUCUAACCAGCUACUUUAUAACUGUGAAUAGUAACUAUGCAUAUUUGUUGCUCAGCAAAACCAAGGAACAAGAGCUAUGGCAGUUGAAAAAGUCUGUCUGAUUCCAGGGUAUUUUUCCUGGGUUUCAUCAUCAGGGACCUUCUCCUUUUUAUCUCAUCAACAAUGUGGUACCUUUUACCAUUCAGUAAAGAUUAAGGACAUGUUCUUUGGUCAGCAACCAGAACUUAAAAUCUGCUGGAAUAAGGUCAGAGACCAUUUCAAUUACAGCUGAGGAAAAUGAAAUUUCCAUUUUAUUUGGUGCCUUGUACAGGGAGCACACUAACUCUUAACAGAAAGGUCUGAGUGAAAAGAGAUUGAGUUCGUCUAAUAGAAACUCAUGGUUAUGGCGAGUGACCCAACGUGAUUAGAGGGGGCAAGAGCCACACAGGAACUCAUGACGGGCUAUACCAUGUUGCGGAAUGGGGGAGUGGGGAAUGGAGGUCAAACCUGUAUGUUACGGUGGUCCAACCGGAUCCGACUCACGUGGCUCAGUUUCACACUCUUCAUCAUUCUGGUUUUCUUCCCCCUUAUUGCUCACUAUUAUCUCACCACCCUGGAUGAGGCUGAUGAGGCAGGCAAGCGGAUUUUUGGCCCAAGGGCUGGUAAUGAACUAUGCGAGGUAAAGCAUGUGCUGGAUCUUUGCCGGAUUCGUGAGUCUGUAAGCGAAGAGCUUUUGCAGCUGGAAGCCAAGCGGCAAGAGCUGAACAGUGAAAUUGCCAAGCUGAAUCUGAAGAUUGAAGCCUGUAAGAAGAGCAUUGAGAAUGCCAAGCAGGACUUGCUUCAGCUCAAGAAUGUCAUUAGCCAGACUGAGCAUUCUUACAAAGAGCUGAUGGCUCAAAAUCAGCCCAAACUUUCUUUGCCUAUCCGAUUGCUUCCAGAGAAGGACGAUGCCGGUCUUCCUCCCCCAAAGGUCAUACGGGGAUGCCGGCUGCACAAUUGUUUCGAUUAUUCUCGCUGUCCUCUCACCUCUGGUUUUCCAGUCUAUGUGUAUGACAGUGACCAGUUUGCCUUUGGCAGCUACCUGGAUCCUUUGGUCAAGCAGGCUUUUCAGGCUACAGCACGAGCCAGCGUUUAUGUUACAGAAAAUGCGGACAUUGCCUGCCUUUAUGUGAUAUUAGUGGGAGAAAUACAGGAGCCAGUAGUACUUCGGCCUGCUGAACUUGAGAAGCAGCUCUAUUCUCUACCACAUUGGCGGACAGAUGGACACAACCAUGUCAUCAUCAAUCUGUCGCGGAAGUCAGAUACACAGAAUUUACUAUAUAAUGUCAGUACAGGCCGGGCCAUGGUGGCCCAGUCUACUUUCUAUGCUGCCCAGUACAGACCUGGAUUUGACUUGGUAGUGUCACCACUAGUCCAUGCCAUGUCAGAGCCCAAUUUCAUGGAAAUCCCACCACAGGUGCCAGUUAAGCGGAAAUAUCUUUUCACCUUCCAGGGUGAGAAGAUUGAAUCACUGAGAUCCAGCCUUCAGGAGGCCCGCUCCUUUGAAGAAGAAAUGGAGGGUGACCCUCCAGCCGACUAUGAUGAUCGUAUCAUUGCCACCUUAAAGGCUGUACAGGACAGCAAGCUAGAUCAGGUCCUGGUAGAAUUUACCUGCAAAAACCAGCCUAAACCCAGUCUGCCUACUGAGUGGGCACUGUGUGGGGAGCGUGAGGACCGCUUAGAAUUACUGAAGCUUUCCACCUUUGCCCUCAUUAUCACUCCUGGGGACCCUCACUUGGUUAUUUCAUCUGGGUGUGCAACACGGCUCUUUGAAGCCCUGGAAGUUGGUGCUGUCCCAGUUGUGCUGGGGGAGCAAGUCCAGCUUCCCUACCAGGACAUGCUGCAGUGGAAUGAGGCAGCCCUGGUGGUGCCCAAGCCACGUGUUACCGAGGUUCAUUUUCUGUUACGAAGCCUCUCAGAUAGUGAUCUGCUGGCUAUGAGGCGGCAAGGCCGCUUUCUCUGGGAGACGUACUUCUCAACCGCUGACAGUAUUUUUAAUACCGUGCUGGCUAUGAUUAGGACUCGCAUACAGAUCCCAGCUGCUCCCAUCCGGGAAGAGGCGGCAGCUGAGAUCCCCCAUCGUUCAGGCAAGGCGGCUGGAACGGACCCUAACAUGGCCGACAAUGGGGAUCUGGACCUGGGGCCAGUGGAAACGGAGCCGCCUUAUGCCUCACCCAAAUACCUCCGCAACUUUACUUUGACUGUCACUGAUUUUUACCGCAGCUGGAACUCUGCUCCAGGGCCUUUCCAUCUGUUCCCCCACACACCCUUUGACCCUGUAUUGCCCUCAGAGGCCAAAUUCUUGGGCUCGGGGACUGGAUUUCGGCCUAUUGGUGGUGGAGCUGGGGGUUCUGGCAAGGAGUUUCAGGCGGCACUUGGAGGCAACGUUCCACGAGAGCAGUUCACGGUGGUGAUGUUGACUUAUGAGAGGGAGGAAGUGCUUAUGAACUCUUUAGAGAGACUGAAUGGCCUCCCUUACCUGAACAAGGUCGUGGUGGUAUGGAAUUCUCCCAAGCUACCGUCAGAGGACCUUCUGUGGCCCGACAUUGGCGUCCCUAUUAUGGUGGUCCGGACUGAGAAGAACAGUUUGAACAACCGAUUCUUGCCCUGGAAUGAAAUUGAGACAGAGGCUAUCCUGUCUAUUGAUGAUGAUGCUCACCUCCGCCAUGAUGAAAUCAUGUUUGGGUUUCGGGUGUGGAGAGAAGCACGGGACCGCAUUGUGGGUUUCCCUGGCCGUUACCAUGCGUGGGACAUCCCUCAUCAGUCCUGGCUCUACAACUCCAACUACUCCUGUGAGCUGUCCAUGGUGCUGACAGGUGCUGCCUUCUUUCACAAGUAUUAUGCCUACCUGUAUUCUUACGUGAUGCCCCAGGCCAUCCGAGAUAUGGUGGAUGAAUACAUCAACUGUGAGGACAUUGCCAUGAACUUCCUUGUCUCCCACAUCACUCGGAAACCCCCCAUCAAGGUGACCUCUCGGUGGACUUUCCGAUGCCCAGGAUGCCCUCAGGCCCUGUCACACGAUGAUUCCCACUUUCAUGAGCGGCACAAAUGUAUCAACUUUUUUGUCAAGGUGUAUGGCUAUAUGCCCCUGCUGUACACUCAAUUCAGGGUGGACUCUGUGCUCUUCAAAACCCGCCUGCCCCACGACAAGACCAAGUGCUUCAAGUUCAUCUAGGGGCAUUGCAAGUUUUAGGGAGAGGAUGAGCAGAGAGGGGGAGAUGGCUCCUAAGGUUCCUAGACAUUGAAGGACCUCAGGGACAUCCGCUGGGUGGGUGGCCCAUGCCCUCUGCUGGGAGAGGUGGCAGGAAGAAUGGAAAGGAAAUAGCCUUCUUUCUCUUAAAGUCGGCCACACUGGGCCUGGAACCCUGGUCCAAGGACACCGGGGUUCCCUAUACAGGGCACUGACUGAUAGCUUACACUGAGGACCAUGGGGACUCCGGAGAGUCACUCACGCAGUUCAUAAGCCCAGGACAGCUGGUUUGUGAUUUUUAAAUUCAGUAACAGCUAUUAUUAUUAUUUAAAAGGAAAAAGUUUCAGAUUUGCCAUUCAAGGCUUAUUUAUAUAUAUGUGUGUGUAUAUAUACAUAUAUAUGUGUGUAUAUAUGUAUAUAGAUGCACACACACACUCUCACAUACAUAUACAUAUACAUAUAUAUAUAUAUAUAUAUUUGGCGGGGGGGAGUUUGAAAUUUCUGCCUGUUUCACAAAGUGAGGGACCCAUCAGGUCUUCUGAUGUUCUGUAUGUUGGUGGAGACGGAUCCUGGCCUCAUGGUAUCUAGCUCAUCCUUAAGGAUCAUCUCCACACUCCCCAGGGCAUCAUUGUGCAGAAACAAAAAGGCCAGGCUUGGCCCUCCUGUGGGGCCUGGACGAGAUAAGCCGUGUCGGUUUGUUCCUUCCCCCAUCUGUUGCCACCCGGCGAUCUGGAACUCGCGUCUUCCUGUCGCUUGAGUCCGUGGGGAGGACCUGCACCUCUGGGAACAGCGGAGCUUCCCUGUGCUGGAUUCAGUGGUUUCAAGGAUUCAUCAUUAGGCCGUGCUGUCCCAGAACUUGUCCCUGCGCCCCCAUUCUCUCCCCUGUUGGAAAGAAGAAUGAGGAAGGAGUGAGACCUGAAGACAGCUCUCCCAGAUGGCUCUUUUUGUUCAGCCCUCCUUUUAAAACACAUGUUGUGCUUUCCUGAAAGUUAUCUCUUGUGUAAGAGAACAGAGAACUGGCAGGCACUUCCAGGUGUGAUCUGCAGUGGUUUGCGGGUUGGCCUCCUCUCUCUGGCGUAGAAUGAGUGAGCAUCCUUUGCGGAUCCCCACCCGGCUGGCCGGGAAGUCUUACAGCAAGGCGCCUGCCUUGGGAUAAAUACCUUGGUGAAAUUCACCUUCCCCUCCGCCUUUGUCUGGACCUGUGCCCUAUGUUACCUGUAGUUUUUAGAUCCCCAAUGCCAGGUUGGUUCCAGGACCCCUUGAGGUUUGGUAUGUGCCACAACGAUAGGAAGAUCUAAUUUGUUAAGUUAGGCUCCAGUCCAGCCUGAGAUUUCACAGGCAUUUGUACCUACAUUACCACUUUCACUCCAGGUUUACAUUUCUAUUCCUUGGGCUGAAAUGGAAAUAAGCUAUUGGGUUUUUUUUUGUUUGUUUGUUUGUUUGUUUUUUUUUUUUUUUGGUGGUAGUGGCAGUAGGGGAAUGGAAGAGGGUAUUAGAGGCAUUUGGCAGGGAUUUAGCCCAUGGCUUGUACCAUUUUUCUGGACCCCACUUUCUUUCAGUGAAGUUGAAUAUAGGUGGUUUCCUACAGCUGGACAAAAGCUCAGGUCUGUCCUGGUCAUGCACAUGCCUUAAGCCAGUUCCGUCUUCCCCAGACCUUGACACCCUGUGCUUCUAUUUCUUGGGGGCACGUUCUCCUCUGACAUGUCUGUAUCAGUGGGUCUCUUCAAAUAUCAUUUCGAAGCCAGACUCUGUCCCGUAUAGAUCCCAUCCAGCUGGAGGGCUAGCUGGACCUAAGGGACCUCUCCUUCUUGGCAGACAAGACCAGGGCUGCGCCUGGGACUUGUGUCGUCCAGAGGUUCCCACUGGCAUCCCACUGGCUCUUCCACAGAGGCAGCUACCCAGGAAAUUCAAUUCAGCUUCUCAGCAACCCAGCAAAGGGGUCCAACUCCCUGCAUCCUAGCUUUCUAACUACCCUUUUCUUGAUUCCUGACUUUAUCCUUUUUAGCGGUAGCCUUCUUCCCUCCGGGGAGCCAAAGAGUGUGGUGUUUUGAGCUAUAUAUGUGGCUGCUAUUUUUAUCUUGUUUAUUUUAAUGUGAGGAACUCAUAAACUGACUUUUAGUGGGACCUGGUGAGAAAAGAGCAGUCUGUGUUAGGACCCCCAUAUAUUGGAGCCAGGUUUUUUGGUCCCUGAAUGCUCUUGGUGGAUCCAGGAGUAGCUGAGUGGUCUGAGAUUAUGGAUGACAUCAAAGCAUACUGCAGAAGGGCUAGGAUGUCAGAGCCCCUGACAAGGCGAGCACUAUUUUGACUUGAAUGGAACACUAACCUGAAGGACUCCGAACAGCAGGCCCUGGUGGACACUGGCCAUGUUCUUAAGGGACUCUCCUCAGUAGCAAGAGGUGGGGCAGUCAGACCUUUUAUGUUGCUUGGUUAGGUGCUACUGGAGAGUGAGUGGCUGCUGCUUUUUGUAAGCUGGGUUAGGGGGAGGCCCAGCUCCAUGCUUCAAAUGCCUUUGAUGCUGAUCGGUCACCUUGGGAAACACAGAUGUCAUCUCUACCAUGUAACUGUGACUCAUUUGGAAGAUGAAAACCGCUCACAUGGGUUUCCCCAGCUGUCUGUAGGUAACACCUUGUUGCCUAGUCUUUGCACCCAGGGCCCCGGACAUCCUUGUCCCCAGGUAGCCAGUUGCUUUUCACCAUGAGGGACAUUCACCUAAGUGAGAGCCUCCCCAAGGUGCUCAUCAGUCUGUCUUGAGCCUUUGCACUCCUGGCAGUGGUUGUCUGUCUGGUGCGGACUGCUCCUCAGGCCGGGCCGGCUCGUGGUCACCGGGGUCCUGUGUUGGCAGGUGGAGUGGUCUGUGCAGGAGCUGCCUGUGUGUGUGCUCAGGGAGCUCCCGCCUUGAAAUGAUGAUAUGUUGAAGGGGGAAGCUCUUUGAUGUCCAGGCCGUGUCCAUCCGCCCCACCCUUUUUCCAGUCAUGAGCACAAUGGUCUUAUGUUGGAUUUUUGUAAAAAAAGAAAAAAAUAAAUGGAGACUUUAACUCAA